AUGAAUCAACCAGAUAUUCCAACGUAUCCGCAAGGCAUUAGUUUACAAGUAGGUGUCCAUCAUGCAACAAUAUUAAAAUAUUUAACCAGUGGUGGUUAUGCCCAAGUUUACCAAGCUAAAAUAUCACCACCAGAUAGUAGAACAGGUUCCGACAUUGUCUGUCUUAAAAGAUUAAUUGUGCCUGAUAAAGCAAGUUUAAAUACUCCAAGGGCUGAAGUUGACGCAAUGAAACUUUUGAGAAAUUUUGAUCAUGUCGUUUCCUACAUAGAUUCAAAUGCUGCAAAAUCAGGUUUACAUAAUGGUGCUUAUGAAGUGCUAUUGUUAAUGGAGUUUUGUGCAGAAGGUGGAUUAAUAGAUUUUAUGAAUACAAGAUUACAAAAUAGAUUACAAGAAUUCGAAAUCCUAAAUAUAAUGAGCCAAGUUACUCAAGGUGUCGCCGCAAUGCAUUCUUUAGAACCGCCAUUAUUACACAGAGAUAUAAAAAUUGAAAAUGUACUGAUUUCAAAUUCAGGUGAAUAUAAAUUAUGUGAUUUUGGUUCCGUCUGUGGGGUUAUAAGGCCUCCAACUUCUCAACAAGAAUUUAACUUUGUACAGCAUGAUAUUCUUAAAAACACUACCGCUCAAUAUAGGGCGCCAGAAAUGAUAGAUUUAUCACGUCAUUUACCUAUUGAUGAAAAAUCAGAUAUUUGGGCCUUAGGGGUAUUCUUAUAUAAACUAUGUUAUUAUACAACUCCUUUUGAAAAGGCUGGUGAGGCCGCCAUUCUACAUUCAAGGUACGAAUACCUAGCAUACCCUCAUUACAGCGACAAUUUGAAAAAUUUAAUCAGAUUGAUGCUCGCCAAUCAACCUUCACAGAGACCGAACAUUUGUCAAGUGCUUGAAGAAGUUUCGAGACUUCAAGGAAUUCCUUGUCCUAUUAAGAACUUUUACUUGGAAAGAGCAAUACAUAGAUCAACUUUGAUGCCACAUCAACAACAGAAUAAUCAUCAUCAUCAUCAACAACAACAGCAGCAGCAGCUACAACAACAGCAACAACAAAUCCAACAACAGCAACAGCAAAUCCAACAACAAUUCCAUAUUCAUCAGGAACAAAUUCGUGGUUUACAUCAAUCCUUAAGCUUCCCAUCCCUGAAUUCACCUUUGCAUAAUGCUCAAAAUAUAACGCCAAAUAAUGUUAUAUUAACAGGUGUUCCGCUAUCUGCUCAUGCUUCCAAUGAUCCUGCAGUUGUGAACAACUCAUUUAAUGUAGCAGCUACGGCAAAACUUCAACAGAUACAUAUAGGGACCACAGAUAAGAAUGCAAACAUUCUCACAAAUCAAAGAAGUAGGACUAUGCCUGAUGAUCAAAUGUCUGACUAUAUCGGGAGGACGACAUCAGCGGGAAGAGGUGAUAUAUCGAAGAUUGUUGCUUCUAAUCCUACAUUAUUUGAUAAGACCUCAAAAAGCGAAGUCAAUUCUACCGGUAGUCUUGCUGAAAAUAUUGCUUCUAUUGCCAGUGAGAAAAUCAGUUCUCUGAAAAAUCAAAAUUUAUCACAAUCAUCAAGUACUGGUUCAUCUCAUAGAAGUAUUAUUGUUAAUGAUGGCGAUCUGACAAAACUUGAAAAAGUCCAGACUUCGAAAGAAUUUGAGGCCGAUUCACCAAUACCGGUCAGCAAGGCAAAACAUCAUAGUCUACCAUCUAAUUUCAGCUCUUCAAUUAAGAUUGGUAAUGGUGAAGGUACAUUAACUACUUCCGAUUCAAACCAAUCCGAUAAUAAUUCUAUUCAAGAUCGUAUGAAGAAUUUAAUAGAUAACGCUGACAAUAUUCCAAUCAAUAAAAUAGCAUCUGAUUAUGGGAAGUACACCAAAUCUUCUGACAAUUUCGGUAAAGAUUCGGGAGAAGAAAUGAAUGAUAAGGAGAAUAUUAAAACAGCAAAUUCUGGGACUAGAAAUCAACCGAAAAAGAACAAGAAAGAGAAACCAGUACCUGCCAAGAAACCAGCACAUUUAAGACCACAAAAGCCGCCAAAACCUACUUUCUUAGCUGGCAAAAGGAAGUUGGAUAAAAACAAGUCUGAUGUCAAGACAAGUUCAGAAUCUAUGGAACCUAAUCUAGAAACAUUGACAGAAGAAUUCAAUAAACGUUUCCCAAACAUAUCUUAA